AUGGACUACUUAUCAGCCACCUUUCCUGAGGUAAAUUUCAACAAACUGUUCAUGGAUUUCAUUAAUACCCCGGCCGUCUAUUCAUGGGCUGUUGGGACGGCCAUGGCAGCUUUCUUUGUGUAUAUCGCAGUAUGGAGGCUUUACAUGAGCCCUAUAGCCCAAUUUCCUGGACCACGUCUCGCAGCUCUCACUCAUUUAUAUGAAAUCUACUAUAACAACUGGCUGGGCGGGAAAUAUGUCUACAGAGUUGCCGCGAUGCACAGAGAGUACGGACCUAUCGUCAGAAUUUCGCCAACUGAUCUACACAUUGGAGAUCCAGACUUCUACGAUACGCUUUACCCUAGUGCAUCAAGCAAAAGACGAGUGAACAAAACACCGAGUUUGACCAAGUUUUUCGGACUGGAUGAUUCGCUUUUCUCCACGAUCGAUCAUGACACGCACCGAAUGCGUCGCGCUGCCCUCAACCCGUACUUCAGCACCUUGUACGUAAGAAAGCUGCAGCCGGUUAUUCAGGAGAGACUCAAUGUCCUCCUUCAACGACUCAACAACUUCAAGGAUACGGAUCAGGCAGUCAACGCAAACUGCAUGUAUGCGGCAUUGAGUAAUGACUUGAUGCAGAUGCUCACUUUUGGGCAGCAUUCUUCCAAACUUGAGACACCUGACUUUGACUCGACAGAACGUGAUGCCUCUUUAAACGGCGCAAUGUCAUUCCACGUCACAAAACGUCUGCCUUGGUUGAACGAUCUGAUGAUGUCUCUACCACAAGUCGUCAUCAAGCACAUUAACCCAUCACUUAGCAUGUUCAUGGAACAGAAACACAUAACACGACAGAAAGUCGAGAAGCUCUCUUCCAUGCCGAAGACCGAAUGGGCCGGGAAAGAAACGCAGCCGGUAGCUCUAUCGCUCUUAGAGUCAGCCAAGUUGCCUCCCGCUGAAAGGAAAAUCGGCCGAGUCGCCCAGGACGCAGAAAUGGUACUCAUGGCCGGAACACUUACCACAGCUACAACCCUGGAGCAUCUAUUGUUUUGGAUGAUCGACAACCCAGACGUACUACGCAAGCUCAAGGAAGAGCUGAAGGGCGUCAUGCCAACCGUCAAUGAUCUUGCCAACAUUCCACUAACUACCUUGGAGGGUCUUCCAUACUUAACUGCUGUCCUCAAAGAGGCUACUCGAUUAAUCUACGGUAAUACAACGCCACACUUCCGCUCGAAUCCUGAUACUGCGCUGGUAUUUCAAGACACACAGCGAUCCAAAACCUGGGUAAUUCCACCAAACACUUCUGUAGGUAUGACCAGCGUGAUAUUACACCAUGACGAGCGCCAUUUCCCUAAUAGCUGGAGAUUCGAUCCUGAUCGCUGGUUGGGCGAAGAGGGUAAGAAGCUGGACAGGUACAAUGUGGGCUUUGGUAAGGGUGGUCGCAUCUGUUUGGGGAUGAAUCAGGCAUAUGGAAUCAUGCGUUUGGUGAUGGCUCAGACUUGGAGGUUAUGGGCCAGUCCGGACGUCAGUAUUGGCGAUGAAAUCGGUGUCAUUAAGCUCUACAACACAACUGCGCAUGACGUGAAGAUGAAUGGAGACUUCUUCAUUCCAGCAUAUAACAAGCCUCAGGGUGUUGAGUUCAAGGUUUUCAGUAGGUAG